CAACGACCUUGCUGUUUCACAUCGCUAACGGCGGACUUACAUCUUGACUCACCCGGAUCCAAGUGGCAAAACGUGCAUCUGGAGUGCUAUCCCGGACGCAGAAUUUGAUUGGCCCUCUCACCUUCUGGUCAGAUAUCAUCUAAUAUGGCCGAUUCUGAUGCCGAGUACGACGGAGAAGGUCCGGAUGAAGAUGAUGUGAUGGAAGUCAGUGACGGCGGACGCCGUGCAAUGGCAUCGCGACCGAAGGAGCGAGCACAGGCUCGGUGGGAAGCCACCGCCUCCAGCAAUUGGGAGUUGCAGGAAGCCGCUGAUGGCAGUAUCGAAGGAAUUUUAGGAGGCUUAGAGGAAGCUGGCAAACGGAAGAGGCUGCUAAAGGACACUACGCCACUCCAGCGAGGUAUCAUUCGCCACACUUUGCUCGUUCUUGAUCUAUCGUCUGCGAUGCUUGAGAAGGAUCUCCGGCCAACUCGCCAUCUGCUUACCAUUAACUACACAAUCAUGUUUGUGCGUGAGUACUUCGAGCAGAACCCGAUCUCACAGCUAGGCAUUUUUGGCAUGCGGGAAGGGCUAGCCAUCCGCAUCAGCGACAUGUCUGGUAAUCCAAAUGAUCAUAUUGCGGCGCUCAAACAGCUUCGCAGCACGGAGCCGAAAGGCAACCCGUCGCUCCAAAACGCUCUUGAUAUGGCACGCGCAGCACUGUAUCAUACGCCGUCUCACGGCACACGUGAGGUAGUCAUCGUGCUCGGAGCGCUGCUCAGCUCCGAUCCCGGCGACAUACAUGACACCAUCAAAGCAUGCAUACGAGACCGGAUCAGAGUCCGCAUUAUCGGUCUCGCGGCUCAAAUGCACAUCUGUGCCGAAAUCUGUCGCAAGACGAAUGGCGGAGAUGAGAACUAUUACAAUGUCGCUGUAGAUGAGGUUGACUACCGCCAGCAGCUGAUGGACAUCACAACGCCGCCCGUACUACGCUCGACCGAUACAGAGGCCCAGAAGCACAACCAGGCAGCGCUGCUCAUGAUGGGCUUCCCGUCACGGAUCGUCGAAGAGAAGCCGACUUUGUGCGCCUGUCACGGCAACUUGACUCGAGGCGGCUACCUAUGCAGUCGGUGCAAGGCGAAGGUCUGUAAUCUGCCUGCUACAUGUCCUACCUGUGACUUGACCUUGAUCCUUUCCACGCACCUGGCACGCUCGUACCAUCAUCUUUUCCCGCUACGGAACUGGGUGGAGGUAUCAUGGACUCGUGCUCGCCAGGAAGGCAGCAUACAAUGCUUUGGCUGCCUGACACCGUUUCCACGCAUCCCGAACCCGCAAGAAGCCGUGAAUGGUACCGAGCACGACGUAGCGAGUGCGAGGACCAAGCGAGCAGAAGGUGCCUCGGAAUCGAGCAGGUAUGAGUGCGAGACUUGUGGGCAGCAUUUCUGCAUUGAUUGUGAUGUCUUCUGCCAUGAGGUCGUACACAACUGUCCGGGUUGUCAGAGCAACGCACAUCUACCGGGCAAUCAGAACGGGCACGACGCUGGGUAACGUUGCUCAAGACCUAGCAUCUUUGAGUCAUAACCACAUCGCACGGCGAUCUUAUCGGCAAAAUUGCGGUCGAAGAAAAACUUGUGGUUAUCACCUCCAGCCACGAAGCUUUGGUAGCACACAACUAAGCGGUCCUGCUGGCCCCUGUGCAUGUACAAGUGUGCUACACUUCUACAGUAAAUGCGAUGUAUCCAGCUACGCAGUGCGACACAACAACCCAAGUUGACAGAAGAAAGUGCAUUCGCCACAAUACAAUAACCCGAGGAGAGGUCGAAGAUGACUGAGCUGACUAUAAACUCAUACCGGACAUUCUGCACUGCGUGUUCUAGGGCGCAUCGUCGCC